UCAUCAGGUGGACAGAAACACAACUCCAAAUGAAUGAUAAUGAUGCUCUGAACUGCUGGGGAUUACGAUAUGGAUGACGGAUAUUUUGACGCCAUUCUGGGAGUUGUCAUCGCCGCCGUCAUCCUGGUGCUGAUCGGUCUGGCGGUUGUUGUGAUCCGCUACAUGUUCAGACACAAGGGCUCGUAUCGCACCAACGAAGCCAAGGGCAUGGAGUUUGCAGAGACAGCGGACACAGCGCUGCGAGGCGACCCUGCCCUGCGUGACGCCAUGGACAUCAGCAAGAAGGAGUACUUCAUCUGAGCAUGUGCAAACUGCUGCUGCUGUGUUCACUGGACCUCACUGUGGUUUUGAUGUGGAUUUAUGUGGUUUUGGAAGAUGAGCGGCCAGAUACUCAGCAGGAAAAAAAAUCGCUCUGCUCCAUUUUCACAUUUACUCUUUUUUUAUCAGUGUGACUGGUCUGACAUCAGUUUGAAAACAAAACAUCAGUGUCUGGAGAUGCAUCUUCUGUCCAUCCAGUUUGUCUGUCUGUAGUGUACUUUGAGGCUGUGAACUUAAAAAGUCUCCAAUGGAAGAGAUCGUCCUUGUUUUGGGGAAAAAUUGCAUUUGAAAGUUCAGCAGAAGCUAAUAUGAGGCUUCAGCUGAACUGUGAACACAUUUUUGCAGAGAAUGUGGACUGUUGAUUUUGUCCCUCAUCACUUACUGUACAUCGGAGUUACAUAAGGAAGGAAUCUCCAGCCAGUAUAGAGAGAGGAGAAAU